AUGUUCCCAUUUGCAAACCAUGACCUUGAGGAUGCUCAGUCUCCACUCCAACAAGAGUCGCUGACAAUCAGGAAACAACUGGAAAUGGAUGAUACCAACAAUCAACUAGCACUGCAAAAAGAUGCUGUGGAUACUUUAGUUGCCUUGGGCGAUUCGUACAGCUGGAUGAGACAAGACGACAACUAUGCGACGGCCUUGAGACAUUACAAAGAAGCCGUGGAUAUCCUAGAAGCUGAGCUGGAUGAUGACAAUGACGAUCACCUUGUCGACUCUCUGAUGUCAAUUGGAGACUUGCAUUGCAGCUGCGGCAACAUUGAUGAGGCAAUGUCCUGCUAUUUGAGAGUCACCGCUUUGAGUCCAUCCUGCUGGAAUGGUCAUGUCCUCUUGCGAAUAGCUAUUCUGGACUUUGGUAAUCUAGAAUUCACCUCGGCUCUUGGUUGGUUCAAAGAGUUUGUGGAACUUCGACAAGAAAGAGGCUCAGUAGACGACUUGGACUACUUUAUUGGAAUGCUUUCUCUUGGAGUAUGCCAUGCCUUGGAAGAGAAUCAGACACAAGCACAACGCUGUUUCAACCAGGCGCUCCAAACGGCUCGGGAAAAUCACUUACUGGAGUUGAACCCUGAAUAUGAACCUGCAGUUCGUAAGUCCAGAGUCAAAGCCAAACAUCAAACGAAGCAGAGAAAAUUCUCGUUUGGAAAAGUUUUUGGGAUGCUGAAACGAAGCAAGCACAAGGAAAAGCAGGGUACCGGUAGCGGUAUGGGGGUCAUAGAGGAAUACGACAACAAACAGGAAUAG